AUGAUUGGCAAGAUGAUCACUGCUGGAAUAAAACAAGAGCUCCCAAGAAGAAAAAUUAUCACGUUCUAAGAAGUCUGCUUCAUGCUCAUAAAGUGUAGAGCUUCACAGAUACACCCAUGUCAACUCCACUGAUUUCUAUUAUCUAGUGGUCAAGCUCAGUCACCUGAUGGAGAGUACAUACCAUUUGCUUUGGUCCAAUAUCGAUUUGAUGCAGAAGGACACUUUGUGAAGAACAGGCCUGAUGGAAAUUCUAAACACAAGCAUCGUUUUAUUCCAACAAAGAAAAGCACCCUCGAAAAGCUAACUGUUGCGGUUAAAUCUCAAAGUGUAAAGAGGGCUGUUCACAAGGUCAAAAGGGAAGUAGGAGUUCUGCUGUCAGCAGAACCCCUACUUGCCCAGAAACAACAAGUACGCAAGUUACCUAAAGUCAAAGAGCAAGGGAUCAUACAAAGCUGA